GAACAGUGACGCGGUUGCGUACGCGCAGUGUACCGUAUACCGUCGUGAAUGACGGACGCGCCGUUUUUCCAGCUCCGUAUUAUUUACGGAUUAAUCGAAAGUUCAGAGUAGAAAAGUCACAGAUAAUGGCGAGCAAAACUAAUGGAGUUGAGGAGUGGGUGCGAGCCCCUCCUCCUCCAGGGACCUGCUUGUCCAGGUUCACGAAUGCCAUCUACAACCAUGAAGAGAACAGCUUCUUGGGACGCACGCCGAAAAGAUGGGGCAUAGUGCUGACCUUCUACCUGGUGUUCUACGCAGUCCUGGGGCUCAUGUUCGCGCUCUGCAUGGGUGGAUUGUACCUCACCUUAGAACCCAACAGACCCACAUACCUUCUGGAGGAGUCACUCAUUGGAGCCAACCCUGGCGUGGCAUCUCGUCCCCUGUACGAGACGGCGGUGCUGAAGUACAGCGUGGAGAACUCCUCGGAGUACCAGCUCUACGUGGAUCAACUCAACGAAUUCUUUAACUAUUACAGCAGUGAACGCUGGUACACGACCCAGAAGGAGUGCAGGGCUGAGGAUCAGUACGGUUUCCCUGAUAACCCCUGCAUCUUCGUCAAAGUCAACAAGAUAAUUGACUGGAAACCAGAAUAUUACGAAGCGUCAGACCUGCCCGCAGACAUGCCUGAGGACCUGGUGGAACACAUCCAGGGACUAGAUCCUAGUAAGCAAAAGCAAGUUUGGAUAUCUUGCGAGGAGGAGAAGGCGAAUGACACGAAGCUGGAAUAUCCAUGGGGAAGAGGCAUGCCAAAGGAAUAUUAUCCUUAUGUAUAUGGCAAUAAGGAGUAUAAGAGCCCACUUGUCGCGGUGCGGUUGUCUCAUCCGGCACACAACCAGAACGUCGUGAUCCGAUGUAGGGCGUGGGCCAAGAACAUAAUAUACAACAAGAGUCUAAAGGAACCGUCCGGCUACACUCGUUUCCAGUUGUACAUUGAAGGCAAUGACAGUGUCUUCACCCACCGAGCCGCCACGAUGGGCGCCGACAAACCGAAUGGCGUGGUCAACUACUGCCGAAGACCAGUCCAGAGACCCUUCCUCCAAAGAAUCCGGUAUGCAAUCUGGAAUCCCGAAGAAAGAACGUUCCUGGGUAGAACUCCUCAUCGAUGGGGUGUGAUUGGGUUGAUCUACCUGGUGAUGUACAUCUGCAUCAUCAUCUUCUUCUCCAUCUGCAUGUGUGGUCUCCUCACCAGCAUGGACGAAAGGAUCCCCUACUUCACCCUCGCUGACUCCAUCAUUGGAGCUAACCCCGGCAUGGGUCACAGGCCGAUACUGUUCGAGGAAGGAGCUCUUAUCUGGUACAAAGCUGACAAUGAAACUCAAGUCAAGAAGUACGUGGACAACAUCAACCAGUUUCUUGCGCCAUACAACAACAAGAGUUUGUUGGUGAACCAAGGCGUGAACCAGCGUGACUGUGGUGACGUGAAGCCUCCACGGAAUGAGGUCUGCGACUUCAACACCACCACCAAUUUCGGGCCUUGCUCCAUGGAGAACAACUAUGGAUAUGCAAACAAAACACCCUGUCUUAUUAUCAAAUUGAACAGGUUAUACGACUGGAACCCUGACUUCUACGACGAUCCUGGCGACUUGCCCCCUGAGAUGCCACCAGACAUAACCAACUAUAUCAGGAACGCAACUGCACAAGAACGUCGUAAAGUGUGGGUAUCGUGUAUGGGUGAGCGGCCGGCUGACGUGGAAGCCCUGGGUGAGCUGAAGUACUGGCCGUACCCUGGUCUGUCUGAGGUCUACUUUCCUUACGACAACACUCCUGGAUACCUGAGUCCGCUCGUUGCUGUGCAGUUACUGAGACCUAAGCUGCAUCAAAUAAUCAACAUUCGUUGCCGAGCAUGGGCGCGCAACAUUAUUUACACUGAUAGUCUGAAGGACAGGUUCGGCUCCACGCACCUGGAGAUCAUGAUUGACUGAAUGGGACCAUUAACGCAGCAUAGAGGGCGGGAGUGAGCUGUACCCUGUGUUGAUUGUCCUUAGCACUAGAUGGCGUUGUUAUAAGUUUCUGUGACUAAGUUGUUGAUACACAGAGUGAUAGAAAAAAUGUAAUAACAAACAGCUGGAUAAUACACAAGACAGGAUACAGUUUCCUUAGUAUAAGCGCUCCUUAAU